UCGAUUCACCUGUCACAAUGUCUCUCCUCGGAAAGAAGUUCCCCGGCGCCUUGGCCAAGCCUAUGGCUCCCUUCUUCGCUGCCGGCAUCAUUGUGCUCUACGGCGUCAACUCUCUCCAGAACGCCCUGUCCAACACCGCCCAGUACAAGAGCGACCCCCGCAACCCCAACGCUAAGCCCGCUGGCAAGGCUGACCACUAAAUUGGGUCGAUAAUGAAUGCAUUUUGAGAUCCCAUUUGUUCAUUGAAGAGGAGCGGGACGAACCGUCGCGAUGUGUGGGUGGACGGAGAUGGCCCAGGUCAUCAAUGGCCGGCUUGCACUUUUUGUGAUUACGAUGCGGGCAGUUUUCCCCUGUCCAAGCAUAUAG